AUGCCUUUACUUUCCCGUGUGUUGAACCAGCAUGCAGAGAAGAAACACGAUAAGUCAGAAGGAUCGGGAUCUUCGAACCACCACAAGCCUUUGCUUUCUCCAACCAUGUCCCAGCAUCACCUUUCGGGUCUUGCAUCCUCUUCAACAUCUGCCAAUUCUCCUAGCUUAACCAUGUCCAUCAAUGUUGAAUCUCCUCCUAUAAUUCUAUAUGGGCAGCCUCAUGAAUCGUCUGGCUCGAUUAUUUCGGGUCUCUUCUUAACCACGGUGUCGUCUCACGCUUCAAUGGCUUCGCUUGCAACCAAUACCCCUCCUCCUUUUGAAGAAUUUGAAUUGGAAAGUGUAACUUUGCUGCUUGUCCAAACCAUUAGAUAUACUCGACCAUUUUUAAUUCCUUCUUCAUCGGUAAACUCUUGCAAAGACUGUUCAGUGAAAAAGAAUGUAUUGGCCCGUUGGGAUGUUUUAACUUUGAGGACCCUGUUUUCAAUGGGUACUCACGCAUAUCCGUUUUCCCAUUUAUUGCCUGGUUCAUUACCAGCAUCUUCUAAAAUUGGAUCAAUUCACUCUCAUUCAUACGUUAAGUAUGAUUUGAUUGCAGUUGCCAAAUCUCCCAAUAGUUCUAAAGAUAUAUCGGUUAAAUUACCAUUAAAUAUUUCAAGAUCAAUACUUAGGGGUCCUGAUCGUAAUUCACUUCGAGUAUUUCCUCCAACUGAAAUCAAAGCAAGUGCAGUUUUACCUAGUGUUGUUUAUCCCAAAUCGAGUUUCCCAAUUGAAUUAAAAUUAGAUAACAUUGUUAGUAAUAAUUCUGAUAGAAGAUGGAGAAUGAGAAAAUUGAAUUGGAGAAUAGAAGAGCAUAUUAAAAUUAAAGCAGAUACUUGUGCAAAACAUCAAUCUAAAUUGAACAGUAUUGAAGAAUCCCAAAAGAAAGUUAUUCUACAUAGAGAUAAAAGUAGUGGACUUCAUCAUAGUACCAUUCAAACCAAUAUGUUUUUAUCAACCUGUCCUAGUGCACACUUACAAAGUCAAAUUGCUCAACAAUUAGAAAAUAAUGAAAAUACUAAUCCAGAACACAGAGAUAUCGAUAUCCAAGAAGAAAAUCCGGAAGUUAUUCAACCAACGGGACCUGCAAAUGAACUUCGUAAUUUUGUUGAAGAUUUCAUUGCUCCCGUUAACUCAAAUAAUUCUAGUAUUUCAAAUAAUAAUAUAAAUAAUGGGGAAACUACUGAGGCUUCAAGUGAUCCUUUUGAUUCAAUUGAUCCUGCUAAAGAAGAGCUAUAUCUUGAUGAAUUGCGAACCAUCAACCACGGAGAAAUUAAAUCAGGCUGGAAAUCAGACUUUAGUGGACGAGGGAGAAUUGAAUUGGUUGCAGAUAUCAGUGCAAUAAAUUCGUCCACCGGAUUAACUCGUCAUGUUACUAAGAAAUCCUCUGACGAUCCCAAAACUGAUGAUCAUCAUGAAGGCUUGAGAAAUGGAGCGAACAUCGCUUGUGAUAUCGAUGAUCCAAGCUCGGGGAUUUAUAUUAAUCAUACCUUAAUUAUAGAAGUUGUUGUUGCGGAAGAAUUGAUUAGUGCUAACAAUACCAAUACUAGACUUACCCCCGUUACAUCAGCAUCAUCUACAAAUGCAACCCCCAACCCUGUUGCAGACUCUCCUAGCUCCAACACAAGACACCAGAGUCAUCCAGUAGGUACUCCAACUGGAGCUGCAAGAGUUCUUCGAAUGCAAUUCAAGGUUAUCUUUACCGAGAGAUCAGGAUUGGGUAUUGCCUGGGACGAUGAAGUUCCUCCAACAUACGAAGAUGUUAGAACUCUCAGCCCUCCCACUUACCAAGAAACCAGUGGAACCAGCACUCCAAACUCACUCAUGGGCUCGUCCUUUUUAACUCCUCCUCCAAUGGCUGCUCAUCGUAGCACCCCAGGAGUAAUCUACGGAAUAGGUGACACUCCCGUAUACGGUACGUUUGAUGGCUCGAACCAAAGAAGUAUCGAUGGAAUGGUUGAUUUGGAUGAACGCAUCCAAGAAUUCACUCUAUAAAUUUCAAUUCUUGUCCUAAUUUCCUUCUUGUAUCCUAUUUUUUUCACUUCUUCUUACUGUCAUUUCACUCUUCUUUCAAUAUAUUCUGUACCAAACGACUUCCUUCUUCUUUUGUGUAGUAUAUUUUGUGUUUGUACAAACGUCGUCUAAACCGCUAUAAACAAGAAGAUGAAUCCUGCUAUCACUGGCUUCUACCAUAAACCAGGGUGCAUUUUGUUUUUCAGAGUCUUUAUUCAUGUAUAUUUUUGCUAAUUAUUCAUCUUCUUUUCCUUCUCUGAUCUAUUAUUUACCAUCUUUUUCACAAAGCAAGACCAAACAUCCUUUGAUCAAGAUGCAACACUUAUGUACUUCAACUUAAAUCUUGACAAGAAACGAAUUACAAAACACUAAAGUAAUAAUGGUUUUUGCAAAAUCCAAUUCAUCUCGCGUUGCAAAAUAACUCUACAGCCAGCAUCUUCUCUUGUUCCACCCAUUGCACUGGUCUACCACCCCACCCC